AUGAGCUAUAUUUCUGGGAGAUCUUUUGCCCUUCCCACGAAUACACCGCUCAAUAACGUCCUCUCAUCUUCGAGUAGUCCUUUCCACGACUGCAUGGAAUCGGAAAAUGCUAUCUGGACUGACUGCAGAGCUGCCGCAGGCCUCACAGCUCAGUCAACCGGUUCUAGUACUGUGGUUGUUGGGGGCCUGAACACCCGAGCGCUGCUGCCUUUCCAUUCUAUUGGGACCAUCAUCGACUUAGGCCAGAAGUUGGGCGGAUCUGAACAAUGUUACUCUGUCAACGAUCUUGGUGCCACUGGCUGGCUCACAACUACCGCAGUCGCAGGUCUGAAAACCAAGAUAUGUACUGCAGCAGUCAAUGGGGCAAUUGCUUCAGGGCGCGGAUGUUAUAACGAACCUCACGGAGGUUUCACCCAGCAGGGUGCAGGACCCGUGGCCACGUCCAAAGUGAAUCUAUACCUCGACAUUCUCCUCACGGGAGCACAGGCUCUAGAUCCAACCAUCGAUAUCACCCAGCUGGCCAUUGACCUGUGCGAGAAAGGGAUUGACCAUCUUACCGGGGAUAAGGGAUGCACCGCACAAAGGAAGGCCGGAGUUAUUGUUUCGCAUAAUUCUGUGAAUGGUGGCGCGAUUGAUUGGGCACCGAAUGGCCAAACUCCCCAGUUUGAUAACACUGGCGUGAAUUGCGGGAAUUGUUUCAUGAAUAUGAUUAUGGAAGCUUCUAGCAUUGUCGACAAAGAUGGCAAGACCGGUAUCCCCGAGGAUGCACCUCCCUCUUAG